GUUGAAGAUACUCUUUUCCGAAUACCUAAACACCAUUUAGUCGGAAAAUCAGAGGCGCUCGACUCGAUGUUAUCUCUACCUCAAGGUUGCAGCGCACCAGAGGGUGUCAGCGAUGAUAGGCCCAUUCAGCUGUCGGGUAUCAAGAAAAUCGAUUUUGAACGACUACUUCAGGUUCUUCACCCACUAGAUGCCACGAAAUCACCUGAAUUGUCCGUAAAUGGUUGGAUGUCCGUUCUUGCACUCUCCAGCCUAUGGCGUAUGACGGUGCGGAAAACUGCCAUCGAGCAUUUAACGGGGAGAUAUCUCCUGCGGACAGGAUCGUUCGGCAGAAAAUAUUCGGUCGCGCAAUGGAUCUCUUCCGGAUGUGAGGAACUCGGUAGUCGUGUAGAAGUGGUGUCCCUCGAAGAGGGGAAAAGGGUUGGCUUGAGCGCGACGCUGAAGAUCCACCACAUACGAGAGUCGUUUUUCACGGACAUCGCUAAUCAACAACGAACCCCAGAGUCACGGUUCAUAUUACUGCGAUACUUGCUGUCUGUGACUAGCCACCAAAUCGGAGGGGAAGCCUGUUUCAGUUGA